AUGCCUAGUCUGCAAGACCUUCCCGCUGAGCUCCAUAGGCAGAUUCUGUCUACCUUUGUCCCGCGUGCGUCGCCCCAAUGGGAGGUCUGGAAUCAAUUCCGCACUGGGCAGUUGGGAACGGGUCCCGAUCUUGAAGAUGCAUAUGAUCAUGAAAGUCCUGAGUCUCUAUACAAUAUGUGUCUAGUUUCGAAGCAGUUCCUUGCUAUUGCCCAACCGCUUCUGUGGUCAAACUUUGUCGAUGAAGGUACUCUUGGUGACAUUGAGGAAACCGUCCGCAUUGCAGAUAACCUCUAUCGUUAUCCAGAGCUUGGUCAAUUCGUUCAAGAUUUCACCAUUUCGGGCCCGAUUUUGUUUAAUCCCGAAAUCGCCGACGAAGACGAUCUCGAAAUCUCUGAAGACCAAAUUCAGCGUCUCACGACAGCAAUCCAAGCUCUUAGUCUCGGCGCUGAGGAAGACAAAUGGAUUUCCGCUGUGCAAAACUGCGACAAAUACAGCGACAUCCCUGUUUGGGCUGCUUUGGUCUUCAAUAAAACCCCCAACCUUCGUCGCGUCGUUAUGCCCGGCACCAUAUCAUCUGUGAACCCUUUCCCAGAACUCUUUCGACGAAACCCUUCAUUUUUGCGCAUGCUUGAAAAGCUUGGUCUGGAAGGCCAGAAGCCAGCCGAUGGCUACGAUUACGCAUCUUAUAAUGAGUUUUUUGCCCUGCCUAACCUGAAAAUUGUCAUGUUUGAGAAUGGCGAUCUUCAGAGUCGGACAUGCCCAUCAUGGGAACCUAAGACCUUCAACAUAGAAGAGCUCGUUUUCCGCGAUUCUGUGAUUGACGCCGUGUCCCUUAGUAGACUCGCAGGUGCAUGUAAAAAGCUAAAGGUGUUCUUGCUCGAUAACUUUAAAGCCCAUGAAGAAUGGAUUAACCAUCCUAACGGAGGAUCGGUGUUCAACGCUGCUGAGGCCUAUCAAGCUCUCUUGCCGCAUAAAGAGACCCUUGAGCAUUUACGUAUAGAAUUUGCUAGAGGAGUGUAUGACUUGCAGGAUUGGCAGCGGUUCGUUUCCAGCCGUGCUAAGAUUGGAUCUCUGCGUGAGUUUUCGGCAUUGAACGAUAUUCGUCUUCAACAAGCGAUAGUUCCAGUCCACCCUCAAUUUCCAGCAACGCUUAAGAGACUCUACAUCACGGACUGUAACUCUUCUGUCAUCGACCUUGUCAGAAAUAUCGCGAGGGAUUGCAGGAAGGGUCUGUACCCUGACUUUGUCGAGUUUAGGAUGCUUGCUGUUGAUAUUACACAACCUAUCCUGCUACCUGGCCAGAGCAUUCCAGAUGGUCAAACGCCAGAGCAAGCUCAUCAGUCUCUUGUGGAUCUAUUCAAAGGCACCAAUGUGGAUUUUUUUAUUGCGCCCUUUGAAAUGCCUGAUAUGGAUGAGCUCAUGGGUGGCUAUGGUGAUGAUGAUGACGAUGAGGAAGGUUGGGAGGAUGAGGAUGAGGACGACGAUGACGAUGAUGAACAUGCGAUAGAUGGGUUUGAUGGGUUUGAUGACGACGUUGCCUAUGAUUCGGAGGGAAACCAAAUUAAAGAUCCGUUCAUGGAUGCAUUGAGGGCUGCGCGUCGGGGCAGAGCUGGACGAGGCGGGAGCAGAGCUACACGAGAUGGAGUUAUACGCGGCCCCAACGGCCCGAUGCCUGAAGGACUUCUUAACUAUUUCAUGCAACAAGCUAUGCAGGAUCCUGAAUUCCUACGCUUACAUCCACCUUCGGGGGGAAACCAGUGA